AUGGCUGAGGUGGACGCGCUGCCCACCUUUGGCACAGAGCUCAAGGAUGGUUUCAAACCCGCAAAUGCAUGGCUCGGUCAUGGCAUUGGCUGGCUUGAAGACAUUCAGCAAUUCUACCGAGAGCGCGCUACCAUCGAGAAGGAAUAUAGCGCAAAGCUUACAGCACUUGCUAAGAAGUACUUUGAGAAAAAGAACAAGAAGACCGCUCAGCUCAGUGUAGGAGACACUCCUGCCAUGACUCCCGGUUCGCUUGAGAGUGCCUCCUUGACCACAUGGACAACCCAGCUUACGACGCUCGAAUCCCGCGCCAACGAACACGACCGAUACGCCAACAAUCUCGUUUCUCAGGUCGCUGAGCCGCUCAAAUUCUUUGGCGGUCGUUUCGAAGAACUGCGCAAACGUCACUCCGAUUAUGCCUCGAAGCUCGAACAGGAGCGUGAUGCCCAAUACGCUUCGCUCGCCAAAACAAAGGGCAAAUAUGACGGUGUUUGUCAAGACGUUGAGGUGAAGCGUAAGAAGACCGAGGCGCAUUUCGAUAAAGCCAAAACCCAGAAUGCCUAUCAACAACAGCUGUUCGAGAUGAACAACGCCAAGAACACCUAUAUCAUUGCGAUCAAUGUUACCAACAAGCAGAAGGAGAAAUAUUACCACGAAUACAUUCCCGAGGUCAUGGAUAGUCUGCAAGAUCUCAGCGAGUUUCGAACAACAAAGCUGAACAGCCUUUGGACCGUUGCGACCAACCUUGAGUCUGACAUGCUUCAACAGAGCAACGGCAUGGUUCAGCAUCAAGGCACCGAGAUUUUGAGGAACUUGCCGCAUCUUGACUCAAUGAUGUAUAUUCAACACAACUUGGGAUCUUUCAGCGAACCACCUGAUAAGCAUUUCGAGGCCAGCCCAGUCUGGCACGAUGACGGUACCAUGGUAGUUGACGAGACUGCAAAGGUCUUCCUGCGUAAUGUCCUGGGCAAAUCCAAGUCGCAAUUGGGAGAACUACGGAGAGAGGUCGACAAGAAACGAAGAGAAGUCGAAAGUGCCAAACAACUGAAGCAGCGAGUCCGGGAAGGCAAGGAGAAGAAAGACGAAGUCGAAGUUGUUCGCAUGCUCUUCGCAAUGCAAGAAAGCCUGCAUGCGAUUGACCGACAACGACUAACAGCCGAGGUCGAGACAUCUACUAUCACAUCGGUCGUUGGGGAUGUGACGCUAGGUGCUAAGAACCACAACUUCAAGAGUCAGACGUUCAAAAUACCUACAAAUUGCGAUUUAUGUGGAGAGAGGAUUUGGGGUUUGAGCGCGAAGGGCUUCGAUUGCCGAGACUGUGGCUAUACAUGUCAUAGCAAGUGUGAAAUGAAGGUGCCCCCUGACUGUCCCGGCGAGCAGUCCAAGGAUGAGCGCAAGAAGCUCAAGGCCGAACGCCAGGACGCUGCGAACAACAAGCUCCUCAAACCCAGCGCGACGAUGACAUCCCUUCACUCUAAUGCUUCAGAUGGACCCGAACUCAGUCGUUCGAAUACUAUGAACUCUCUUAGCUCUCAUUCAGCACGCCCAUCUUUAUCGGGAUCCGGGCAUCUUAGUCCGGCUGAUGAAGCUGCACCAGAGGGUGGGCGACCAAGCAUGUCCUCGACCAAGACAUCUGGUACUGCACGAAAGAACAGAAUUAUGGCGCCCCCACCAGCAGCUUAUAUCACAGAUUCGGGCGCCAAUGAAACGAAUGGUGGCGCAAAAGAAGAGAAAAGGGGCAAGAUGCUAUAUGCUUUCGAGGCAACUGGUGACGGCGAAUUAACAGUGCAAGACGGCCGCGAAGUGAUACUACUUGAACCUGAUGAUGGCUCUGGCUGGGCCAAGGUCCGCGUAGGGUACAAGGAAGGUCUUGUCCCAUCAUCCUAUAUCGAAAUCACAGCCGUCGCUGCUGCGCCUGCUACGCCUGCUGCACCCGCGCCCUCCGCUCGACCAUCAUCCACCUAUUCCAACUCAACAACCUCCUCCCUAACCCAAUCAACUAAGAAGAAGGGUCCCGCAGUAGCACCAAGGCGCGGCGCAAAGAAGCUCCGUUAUGUAGAAGCGCUGUACGAGUACACAGCCCAGGGCGAGGCGGAGCAUUCCAUGGUAGAAGGCGAACGUUUUGUGCUCGUGCAGGAUGACCCGGGCGAUGGAUGGGUCGAGGUCGAGAAGGCGGGUGUCACGGGAAGUGUGCCUGCGAGUUACGUGCAGGCCGUCUAG